AAGUUCUAACUUCUGUUUCUCUUAUUUAGCCAUUGAUGUUGCAAUUGUUUUAAGAUCUCAGAGAUCCAAGAAUUAAGAAAUUCAACAGGAAGCAAACUGUAUAUGGGUGGGGAGGGAAUUUGCACAUCAAGAGUCUUCCUUAAAUUAUAAAGGAAGUGAUAGUCAUCUGUUAACAUAUAGUAUCUGGGAGUAGAGCUCAAGUAUUCUAGAACUCUACUUCGGAGAGUUAUCAUCUGCAGGAAGGUCAAGGAACAGAUUCUAAGCUGUUCCAUCCCACACCUUUUGGCCAGUGGCAGACCAGCGCAUCCCAUAGAAAUGAGUGCCCUACAUUUCGGUGCUGUGUUCUGUUCCUUCAUCAGUCUUCUGUGCCUGCUCACUGCCUUGGGCUCAGACUAUUGGCUAGCAGAUUCCGGCUCACAUUUGGGUCUAUGGAAAAUCUGUAAUCACGGAGCAUGUCAAUCACUUGGUGUGGAAUGGGUGCCAGCCACUUUACAUGCCAUCCGAACCUUCAUGUUUCUGGGGAUGAUCGCUGGAGCUGUCUCUCUCGGUGGGCUUUGCGUCAUGAAUAGUCAACCCAGACUUGCAUAUAUGGCCAGCUUUACUGCAGGCCUCUGCGUCAUGAUUGCCAUGUCCAUUUUCUCAGGAAGGGCUGAUUCUACCAGCAAAUUUGGAUGGUCUUUCGGCUUGGGUUGGGCUUCUUUUCCUUUGUACCUUCUAAAUGGUUGUCUUACUUAUAUAUUGUAUAAGAAUACAGCAACAACAGCGUAGGAGAAAUGCAACGCUGUCUUUGGAGAUGACCAGUGAAGCUGCGUUGGUAACCUGGAGGCACAGAUCAGAAUUAUUUGCCCUGCACCAAAUUUAUAAAUGAAGGAUGAAGGAUAAAUGAAGUUUCAAUGUAGGAAAACAGCCAUACAUUCCCAGCCCCUCCCCAUCCCAUUUUUCUCUAAAAUAUUCAAAAUGUUUUCUUUCUGAAGUCCAUUUGGAUUGGCAAAUGUUAAGAACUUUGGGAGGCUUCUGCAACAGGUCCCAGAAAGCAGGAAUUCUAUUGUUCUCCCUUCUUUCCUGUUCCAGGAAACCAAAGGUGCUUUUUGAUUUAUCUGUGGUCUCAGGGGACCCAGGGGGCAUAGAUAAACUUCCAAGUGGCCUCCAUGACUUUCAGAAAGAGUACUAAGGACCAGAUGACUGCAAGGGAUACAAAUCCUUCCCUCUUCCACCAUUCAGUCAGAAGUGAAGAAGCUUCUUGGAUGAGAAUGAAAUGUCUUCAAGGGGAAAGAAAAGUCCAAUUGCCUUUGGUUUAACCAUGACCUGGAUGACUGAGAAUCUCCAUAGAUUCUUUCAGGAAAGUUGAUUUCCAUUCUUCUCAAGGGACAA